AUGGCGGAUGAGAUUCCAAGAACCGGCCGCAUUCCUCGUCGAGGAGUGACUGCGAGACGAAGAUAUCCACUUUCUGCUCGCAAGGCUGUCACUAACUCACGCAUAGUUGUGCCCGCAACUCCCAGUCAACUUGAACGUGCACUUAAUAGACAAGAAUCAGUUCCCAGUCCAGAAACCCAUGUCGACGAAGGAACAGACGAAAAUGUGUUUGUUGGGUCCGAAGAAAGCGGAAUGAGAAUAACUAUUGGUAGACGUACUGAAGAGAGUCCGAUUGUAUUGCUUAGACACAUGUCUAGAGUAUCAGUAAAAGCACAAGAACGCUUACAGACACCAAGAAAGCAGAUACUAUCACCUGCUUCUCAAAGAUUUAAUUUUCGAACACCCGGUUCAGCAACAACAACGCCAACUUCAGCCCGGAGAAUUUUAAAAUUUACUCCUGGAAUAAUAGCUAGUCUUACUAAAAAACCUUCUGUCAAAUCUGUCGAACACAGAGUAAGACACGGUCGAGUUACUAAAGAAACACCAAUUAAUAUUUUAAGGCGGCUAACACGAGCUGCCGGUCUGAUGGAGGGUGAUAAGGCAAGUGAUUGGCCGAGGCAUGAUUUGUCGAAGGAUACGGAGGAUAAUGGGCCAAGUGAUUUGAUGGAGCAUACGAAGGAUGAUCGGACAAGUGAUUUGCCGAAGCAUACAGAGGAUUAUGGGCCAAGUGAUUUGACAAAGCAUACGGAGGAUGAUGGGGCAAGUGAUUCGACGGAGUAUACGGAGGAUGAUAAAUACAAAUGUCUUGAUGAUGCUGGGAUGAUUGAUAUGGAGGAUUUGGAUGAUAAUAAGGAAGUGGAAAAUAAACUCGACUCACUUUCAGCUGCUGGUCUGACGGAGGGUGAUCGGGCAAGUGAUGCGCAGGAUGAUAAAUAUAAAUGUGUUGAUGAUGCUGGGGCGAUUGAUUUUAUGGAGGAAUUUGAUGAUAAUAAGGCAGUUGAAAAUAAACUCAUCUCACUUUCAGCUGCUUGUCUGAUGGAGGGCGAUCAGGCAAGUGAUUGGCCGAGGCAUGAUUUGCCGAAGCAUACGGAGGAUGGCAAACCAAGUGAUUUGAUGGAGCAUAUGGAGGGUGAUCGGGCAAGUGAUUUGCCGAAGCAUAUGGAGGAUUAUGGACUAAGUGGUUUGAUAGAGCAUACGGAGGAUGAUCGGGCGAGUGAUUUGCCGAAGCAUAUGGAGGAUUAUGGACUAAGUGGUUUGAUAGAGCAUACGAAGGAUGAUCGGGCGAGUGAUUUGCCGAGGCAUAUGGAGAAUUAUGGGCUAAGUGAUUUGAUAGAGCAUACGGAGGAUGAUCGGGCGAGUGAUUUGCCGAAGCAUAUGGAGAAUUAUGGACUAAGUGAUUUGAUAGAGCAUACGAAGGAUGAUCGGGCGAGUGAUUUGCCGAAGUAUACGGAGGAUUAUGGGCUAAGUGAUUUGAUAGAGCAUAUGGAGGAUGAUGGGGCGAGUGAUUUGCCGAAGCAUACGGAGGAUUAUGGACCAAGUGAUUUGAUGGAUCAUACGGAGGAUGAUCGGGCAAGUGAUGUGCAGGAUGAUAAAUAUAAAUGUGUUGAUGAUGCUGGGGCGACUGAUUUUGUGGAUGAGUUUGACGAUAAUGAGGAAGCUGAAAAUAAACAGAGAUCAACGAAAAGUAAGGCUGCAAGAAACAAACCACCGCCAAGAUUGUCAGCACAUGGAAUACCGGUGCCUAGUCUCCCUAAAACGUUAAUCAGAAGUCUAUUUACGCGAUUUUCCCAUCGUAAAGUGUCUAGAGAGGCUUGGAAUUCUAUUUACGAAGCUUCAGAUAAAUUCUUCGAACAAGCAGCUGACAGCCUAGUACGCAUCUCAGAUGGGCGACGAACGAUCACUGAGGAUGAUGUAGUAACACUCAUGAAAAGACAAAACGUCAUUACGGCAAAUCGGACAUUGGAAUCGCUAGCACAUAAAUACUUACCACGUGAACUGUCAGAUGAAAUAUGCAAAACAGCACAGACUGGUAAUGCGUUAGCACGCAACCUAGCAACGUCGGCAAUAGAGAAAGAGGAACAGCGUAUAAAUGGUGGCGGGAAAGAUUUAAAGAUUGAGAUUACUGAUCGAGCUGCUCAGCAAUUGAACAUAGUAACAGCAAGGGAGAAAGAACCUAAUAACGUGUUGAGGGUGACAGUCGAUUCUGGAGGAUGUCAUGGCUUUCAAUAUCUUUAUGAUUUGACAGAGGCGGAUAAAUUACAGCAAGAUGACGUACUAUUUGAAAAAAAUGGAGCAAAAGUAGUGGUUGACAUGACAUCUCUUGAACUGAUCAAUGGAGCCAAGUUAGAUUAUACAGAAGAAUUAGUCGGCUCACAGUUUAAAGUAAUCGAUAAUCCACGGGCUGCGACCGCAUGCGGGUGA